GUGUGUGCUGCACCAGGACUCAACACACUGGAGCCAGAGUGUGUUACAGCACACAGCGGGGUCAGUGAUGUACACCACGCAGACGCACCAUUGAUAAAAACAGAAACCGAUCUGGGCCCCACCUACGCCGGGGACCUUACGACAGAGAGCCCGGACUUUGCAAAUCUGGUAUGUGUAACCCAUCAGAAUCCUGAUCGAAUCAAAACGGAGGCCGAUGAUGGAGGCCACGUUAAGUCUGAACACACGAGUCUCGUCCACGGCUUUAAAUCUGAAAAACUGAAGUGUGAACCCAGUGAAGUUUUAGUGAGCGAUCUCAUGAGUGCUGUGCCUAAUGGAGCUGGCGUCGAUCACGAAGGCCCGGCAGAACCGCGGCAGUGCGUGGGAGCGCCGAGUCCAAGCGGCAAAAAUCUAGGGAGUGAACAGUACCGUUCCUCCCUGCGUUUGAGACGCCUCAAGCCUUCAAAACCAAUCCAGGAUGUGGGAAUCCGUACGGGUGAAAACCCCUGCACCCGCGCUCGGCGUGGGAACCGCUUCCUUCAGAAAACCUAUUUAAACGAGCAUCAGGAAAUGCGUGCGGGCGAAAAAAAGCCCUUCAAGUGUGAUCAGUGCGAGAAGUGUUUUCUUCAGAAGUCUCAUUUGCGUGCCCACCUGCAAAUUCAUGCUGGCAAAAAGCCCCACGCGUGUACUCGGUGUGAAAAGUGCUUUGUAAGGAAAUAUGAUUUAGACGCCCAUCAGAGAAUUCAUACCGGAGAAAAGCCCUACACGUGUACUCAGUGUGGGAAGCGUUUCAUUCGUAAAUCCGUUUUAUGGUACCACCAGAAAAUUCACACUGGCGAAAAGCCCUAUGCAUGUACUCAGUGUGGGAAGUGUUUCAUUAAGAGAGCUCAGCUACGUUCCCACCAGAGUAUCCAUACAGGUGAAAAGCCCUUCCCGUGCUCUCAGUGUGGGAAGUCUUUCCUUAUGAAAUAUCAAUUAAGCGCCCACCAGAAGAUUCAUACAGGUGAAAAGCCCUACGCAUGUACUCAGUGUGGGAAGUGUUUCAUAAGGAAAACUGAUUUAAACACCCAUCUCAGAAUUCAUACAGGAGAAACGCCCUACACAUGUACUCAGUGUGGGAAGGGAUUCAUUCGUAAGUGUCAAUUAAGUACCCACCAGAGAACUCACACCGGUGAAAAGCCCUACACGUGUACUCGGUGUGGGAAGGGAUUUCAUCGGAAAAGCCAUUUAAGUUCCCACCUGAUAAUUAAUACAGGAGAAGAACCCUUCCAAUGCUCACAGUGUGGAGAACGUUUUGCUUCAGAAUGUCCUUUCCUGAUACACCUGAGAGGUCAUACAGCUGAAAAGCCAUACGCUUGCACUCAGUGCGGAAAGCAUUUUAUUCGGAAAUGUACUUUUAAUAGGCAUCGGAAUAUUCAUCUGAAAAAAUGUAGCUAAUCAGUGUGAGAAGUCUUUUUUAAAAAAUU